AUGUCCGUGUCUGCUGCCGAGGCCGGUCCCAGUGCAUUCGACGCGCCACUGGAGACUGUCCCUGCCCUCGACACGACUAACGGCACCUCCUCCGAAUCGGCUGCGGCCACGGCCGCCCCUCGUAGAGGAACUCGCGCCCGUAAGCCAACUUCCAAAGCUGCUGGCGUGGAUGCGGCCGAGGCGGCAGCGGUACAAGAAACGCAACAAACAUCCACGCGGAGCGCAAAGAAGCGCAAGGCUGAUGAGCUCGCAGCAGACACCGCUGCGGACCCUGACCCCAUCAACAACGAAGUCGCCCAAGUCUUUGAAGGCGCCUCGGGCCAUGCCUCGGACGCUGACGACGAUGAGGACGACAAGCAGUACUGCAUCUGCCGAGGCAAAGACGACGGCACUUUUAUGAUCUCGUGCGAGCGCUGUCAAGAAUGGUUCCACACCAAGUGCAUCGGCAUUACGCAGAAGGCGGCCAAGAAGCUGGACGAGUACGUCUGCGAAUCGUGCUCCCGAGCAGACACCAAAAAGACUUCCGCUAAACCCUCGAAGCGGUACAAGUCUUCAGCAAAGAAGAAAGCGACUUCACCUCAAGAACCGCAAGACGACGAAAUGGAAUCGGAUGAUGCGCAAAACGAAGACGAAGCCAGUGACGGUGACGAGUACAUCGGCGAGCAGGGCGAGAAUGCCUCCGACGUCGAAGGCGCUCCCAAGGAAGAGGCAUCGUCAUCGACCAAGCCGGCACGCACACGGCGCCUACAGAAACAGGACACCCAUGCUUCCCGGGCCGAGUCACCCAGCAGCGACACCGAGAUGCGAAGCAAGCCAUCCCAAGGCGCGAGACGACCCAGUGGCCCGGCCAAGUCGGCCACUGGCGCCGGUCCCAAAAAGGGCGGUCCGCGUAAACCCACCGGACCCACCGAUGCAAGCACGGAAGACGCCCGAUCCCGAGCGCGCAAGGUGCUCGCCACGGCCUUGGAGAAGAUCUUUGCUACCCAUGGCUCUGAAUCUGCCUCCGAAGAAGAGGAAGAGACUGACGCGCAGCGAGGCGAAGCGUACGCUGCGCUGCUUGAGGCCGAGCUGUUCGAUGCGACUGCCGACGCGCACGGCUCGAUCCGUGUGGUGGCUAGCCGAUACAAGGAUCGCUUCCGCACGUUUCUGUUUAGUCUAAAGGAUGCAAAGAAUACGACGCUGCAUUCUCGGAUUGCAUCGGGCGAGCUCGCGGCUGCUGAGCUAGCCAAGAUGUCCAACGAAGAGCUCGCCAACGACACCAUCCGCCAGGCGACUGAGAAGGCGCGCCUCGACGCGCUGCAUCGCAGCACGCUUCGCGCAGAAGAGGCCGGACCCAUGCGCAAGAUCACGCACAAGGGCGAGGUUGAGAUUGAGAGCGACGCGCUGCUGGCGCGCGACCAGCCGGACAAGUUCCAAAUUGCCGUCGAUCGCAAGACCGACGUCCAUCAACGCAUCUCAGAAAGCGAACCCGCCAUCCCCACGCAAGGCCCAACAUCUCCAGGAUCUGAUUCCGUCAAGGAAUCUGAAGAAGGGCCUGAGGAGACAGGCGCGACGACCUCCGAACGCACGGCGACACGCAACUCGGCGCCAGCACCCGAUGCAGCGCAGGGCUCGCCUUCAAGGCUCAACUUUGGCGAUGUCUGGGCUCGGAACGCAGACAGCAAGACGCAGGAUGACGAUCAGAACGACCACGAAACCACCGAAUCCUACGGCUUUGAUGUUGGCUCGCCCCACGACGAAGCGUACGGACACGAGGCCGGCGUUGAAACGGAGGGCGCUGCGACGAGCGGUGCCGACGACUUUAUCGACUCCUUUCUGGAUGGCAAGGACGAUCACGACGCGGACGAGACCACGACCUCGAAAGACGCCACGCAAGCCGCCGCAAGAUCAACCACGCCUGAUUGCGAACCCAGCAGCCUUGCUCGACAUCGCUUCCGGACGGUCAUCUGGAACGGCCUCAUGGACCUGCCGGAUAUCUUCGCGUUCAAAGGGCACGUCAAGCAAGUGGCCGGACGCAGCAUCGCGCACGCGCCUCGACUGCGGACCAAGUUCCUGCCCGACCGACCGCUGCUCAUCGCCGGCCGGCUUCCUACCAAGGCCGCUGUCGACUAUCUGCUGCAGGUGGCCAACGCUGCGAGAACCGAGAUUCUGGCAUUCGCCCUGGAGCCCGGUGCGAUCAAGGACGGAGCGACGCAAGCAACCGAAUCGGACCGGACCAGCUUUGACGGCAUCCUCAAGCACUUCAAAGACGCCGACCGCUGGGGAGCCUUGCACGUGUCUUCGAGCGUCAAGGGUAGUCUGAUCAAAGACUUUUACGUUGCGCCCCUGCGGCAGGAAGACGAGGUGCCGCUGUGGCUCGACAUGACCGAGUCGGACUGCCUGGGCACGGACUGGCAUGCGAAGCGCGAUCGCGACAUGCUGAUCCUCGUUGCUGUCGUCAUCCGCGACUCGCUACAGGCGGAGCUGGUCAAGGCUGAGAGAGGAGGCGGCGGCCAUCAUCGCAGCACUACCAAGGACGGCGCCAAGCCGCAGCAAGAAAAAGCAGAUGCGGAGGCUGGGGAGGCAUACGAUCCGACUGCAGGCAUCAGCAUUCCACUCGGUCCUUCGAGUGGGACUGGAGCAAGUGCAAUCGCACCGGCUGCUCCUGGUGCCUCUGCUGGGUUCGGGUCCGACGCCUUACAAUCUUUACUGCGCACGCUGGGCAAGACGGCGCCUGCUCCGGCGAACCCGGCGUCGAUGUCAUCUCCUGCGGCCGGGGCCUCGAUGAUGGCGAAUGUGGGCGGUGCGACACCGCCUGGGCCACCACCACCGGGACCGCCCCCUGGUCCACCACCCAUGCUUGUGCCUCCUAGUGGCGGCGUCGCGCCCAACCGCUCUCCUCUUGCCGGUUCGUGGCCGCCGCAUCCACCUGCUGACGAGGCGGGUGCAGGCGCGCACUGGCAGCCACCGCAAGGCUAUGCGCCGCAGGGGUACGAAGCACACAUGCCUGCGCCGCCCGGUCCUGCAGCAGGAUGGGACCAGGGAUCCGGGUGGAACUAUCCCCCCGGUCCCGGCAUGCACCCUCCACCCGGGGGAGAAGCACCGCAGCCGGCUCCGGAGCUGCCCGAGGAAGAGUACCCUGGGCAGUACAAUCCGGACUACUUGGCACAAGCGAGCGCCGGCGCCGGAAGGGGAGGAGCAGGGUAUGGGCCGAGGGGCGGUGGCCAUGCAUACGGGCACGGAUACGGCCGGGCUUACGGCCAUGGUAGAGGAAGGGGCGGCUGGCGCGGCCGAGGCUGGUGA